AGUAUCCCUCUGACUGAUGACCAUGGUCAACUCUGGUUUGGAAGCAUCUCCGUCGGAACUCCCGCUGUCACUUACACCGUCGACUUCGACACUGGAAGCAGUGACUUGUUCUUACCUGGUCCCAAUUGCUCCUCGACCUGCUCAGGUCACACUAUUUAUAAUCCUCUCACUAGCACCACUUCGAAGGAUUUAGGCGGGACUUUCACGCUCACAUACGGCGAUGGUUCAACCGUGGAGGGCGAGCUCUAUUCCGACACUGUCUCUAUCGCUGGCCUCUCUGCCACUGGACAAACCCUCGGUGCCGCUUCUCAGUACUCCACUGGAUUCGCAAAGUCUCAAUUCCCUGCUGAUGGUUUACUGGGCAUGGCCUUUCAAUCUCUAUCGGACUACCGCGCCUCCCCCGUUUUCCAGACUCUCGUCUCGGAAGGCCGUACUAGCGAACCUGUGUUCGCCUUCAAGCUCGCCACCUCCGGCUCCGAGCUUCAUAUCGGUGGUACCGACUCUAAAGCCUACACUGGCGAGUUCUCUUACGCAGACGUCGUCCUACCAGCCUACUGGCAGGUCAUCAUGGAUAGCAUCCAAGGCAAUGGCCACGCUUCUCUCUUCUCCGUCAACUGCAUUAUCGACACCGGAACUACACUUGUUAUCGGUGACACCUUUAGCGUCGAUCUUUUAUACAGCGAAGUGGGUGGUACGGAUGCUUCGGAUACUGUCGGCGAAGGGUUCUACACCUUCCCCUGUAACAAUGUCCCCAAAGUCAGCUUCACCUUCAGCGGAAAAUCCUUUCCCAUCUCUCCCAGCACCUUCAACCUUGGCCCAGUCGCCGUUGGUUCUCCCGAUUGCGUCGGCGGCAUCGUCGCUUCCAGUAUUAUCACCUUCUGGAUCGUUGGAGAUGUUUUCCUCAGUAAUGUCUAUACUAUUUUUGACUUUGGCAACAUCCGUGUUGGCUUUGCUGACCUUGCUUAA